UUGGAAAGCGAACUCACCAUGGCCAGCUUGCCUUUCACUUUUGGCUUCGAAAGAAGUGUUGACGACUGUGUCUUCAUGUGCUCCUUUGUGGGAAGUGACUUUCUUCCCCACCUUCCAUCUUUGGAGAUCAGGGUUGAUCGCUUGGUUAACAUCUAUAAAAACAUGGUGCACAAAUCUGGGGGCUACCUGACAGAAAGUGGUUUUGUCAACCUGCAGCGGAUCCAGAUGAUCAUGCUGGCUGUUGGAGAAGUUGAAGAUGGUAUUUUCAAAAAGAGAAAAGAUGAUGAUGAUAACUUUAAAAGACGACAAAAAGAGAAAAAAAGAAGAAUGAAGAGAGAUCAUCCUUCUUUUAUUCCUGGUGGACAAUUUUCCCCUCAAGCUCUGGGAAAUCGAUCUAGCCCUCAGGCAAUCAGUAACCCUAGACAAGCUGCCUUUGAGAUGAGGAUGCAUGACAGACAGAAUCCUACAACUCCAUCUCCAAAUGCCAGCUUCCCUUCCGACAGAAGCCCAUCCCCAGCAGGAGGAAUUAAGUGGAAAGCUGAAGACAGUGACAGUGAACCUGAGCCAGACGAUAAUAUCAGGUUAUGGGAAGCAGGUUGGAAACAGAGCUACUACAAAACCAAAUUUGAUGUUGAUGCAUCUGAUGAGAAAUUCCGUUGCAAAGUUCUGCAGUCUUAUGUGGAAGGGCUUUGCUGGGUUCUCAGAUAUUAUUAUCAGGUCUGUGCUUCCUGGAACUGGUAUGACCCUUUUCACUAUGCUCUGUUUGCCUCUGACUUUGAGGGUAUUGCAGACAUGCCUUUAGAUUUUGAGAAGGGCUCCAAACUGUUUAAGCCUCUUGAACAACUUAUGGGAGUAUUUCCAGCCGCAAGUGGAAAUUUUCUGCCACCAACAUGGAGGAAACUCAUGACUGAUCCAGAAUCAAGCAUAAUUGACUUCUACCCUGAAGACUUUGCUAUUGAUUUAAAUGGGAAGAAAUAUGCUUGGCAAGGUGUUGCCUUAUUGCCAUUUGUUGAUGAGCGGCGCCUUAGAGCUGCCCUGGAAGAAGUCUACCCUGAACUUACUCCUGAAGAAAGCAGAAGAAAUAGCCUUGGUGGUGAAGUUCUCUUUCUUGGUAAACACCAUCCUCUUUGUGACUUUAUUGUAGAACAGUACAAGACCAAAAAUACAGAGCCAGUGGAUAUGCCCCCAGAGCUGUGCCAUAGAAUUCAGAGAAAGCUUACACUGAAUGACAAUGCUGUUCCAGAUCAGAUGGUGAUGUCUCCUGUUCCAAUGCUGCGUGAUCUAACUCAAAAUUCUUCAGUCAGUAUCUCUUUCAAAGAUCCACAGCUCGAUGAAGACUUUGUUUUCAAGGCUGUGGUGUUACCUGGUGCAAAGAAACCUACUCCAGUUCUGAAGCCAGGAGACUGGGAGAAAACCAACUACGACAGCAGACCUGAAGGUUUUAACCAAGACAGAAAACCAGUCCAUUUGGACCAGUCAGCCUUCAGAACCUUAGGGCAUACGAUGCCAAGGGACAGAGGGAUGCCAGGAAUGUAUGCCAAUACAGUGCCCCUUGGAAGCCCACACGCCAGGCCACUUAUGGGUGGGCAGCAGCAGAUUCCAAAACUCCUGUCAAAUCUUAGACCCCAGGAGGCAUGGCGAGGUCCUACACCCUUGUUUCCACAGACUGCACAAAGAACUGCUGGGGCCACUCCUCUUCUUGCCUGGAACCGCAUGAUGCAAUCCCCAAACCCAUGGUUUGGGUCAGAAGGGAUUGCCAAAAGUCAUCUAGUCCAAACCCCCUGCAGUGAGCAGGGACAUCCUUCCAUUAGAUUGGGCUGCCCAGAGUCCCAUUGA